GGAUCCCAGGCAUCAUAUUCUUGUCGUCAGGGCUAUGUACUGAUGGGAGCGUCCAUCAGAACUUGCCAGGUCGACGGAAUUUGGUCAGGAGAGGAGCCUACUUGUCAAAUCUUUACUUGUAGCUCUCUGGAUGAUCCGGACAAUGGUCAAGUUUUCACUACCGGAUUCGAAGUUGGUGACACUGCCACUUACAUUUGUGUCGACGGCUACUCACUACAAGGAGAAGAGAUGAGAGAGUGUCACAGCAAUGGAGAAUGGUCCGGUUUUGCCCCUUUCUGCGUUGGAAACGUAUGUCCUCUACUGGUAGCUCCGGAUAAUGGCCAAGUGUUUGUUCGGGGAGUGACCGUAGGGUCCACGGCACGCUACUCUUGCCAGCAAGGUUUCGUUCUGCGAGGUGCGGCAGACAGGACCUGCCUCUCGCAGGGGACUUGGAGUGGCAGAGAGCCGGUGUGCCAAGCCGUGAACUGCCCCGAUCUUCCAGACCCAGCCAACGGAGAGGUCACCCUCUCUGGAAUCACAUUUGACUCCACGGCAACUUACAGGUGUGUGGUCGGGUUUGGACUUGUUGGAGUCAGUGUUAGAUAUUGUCAGGCAGACAGCACGUGGUCUGGACAGGCUCCAACUUGCCAGAUUUCGAUGUGCAGCAACCUUGAGCCGCCGCAGAAUGGCAACAUCGUGACAACUAGCACCCAGUUCGGAGGUAAGGCAACAUACUCUUGCACAGAAGGCUAUCAGCUGGAGGGCGAUGAAGUUAGAACCUGCCAGGCCAACGGAUUCUGGAGUGGAUCUGCCCCAUUCUGCAGCAUUGUGAACUGUGGUUUUCUGGAUCCUCCGAAGGACGGUCGUGUUAGCUUCACAAGUACCUCUUUCGGAGCUGUGGCUGCAUACGUUUGCUUCCCUGGGUAUCGUCUCGAGGGAGUCGAAGAGAGAACAUGCCAAGCUGACGGACAAUGGUCUGAUCAAGAGCCUUCCUGUCGAAGAAUUGACUGCGGUCUUUUGGAGAUUCCAAAGAAUGGAGACAUAUCGUUCAGUCAGGGAACCUUUUUCCGAUCCGUGGCGACGUACAACUGUGACGCUCCGUUUCAACUGGUUGGCUCUGUAACUAGAGUCUGUCAGAGCAACAUGGAGUGGUCUGGGGAGGCACCUGUCUGCGAGUCUAUUGAGUGUGAAGAUCUGCAGAGCCCAGAAAAUGGUCUUGUGAUAGUCCCCAGUCGACUACCCGGCAGUACAGCCACCUACUCGUGCAACACUAGCUUCAACCUGAUUGGGAGCCAGACUCGCUCCUGCCUCAACAACGGCUUCUGGAGUGGAGUUGUUCCCAUAUGCCAAGCUGCUGACUGUGGUCCAUUGAAACCUCCGAGAAAUGGAGAUGUCGAGGUUACGGGCACCACCAUUGGCUCAAUCGCCAGCUAUGAAUGUUUCGAGGGAUAUUACCUGGAGGGAGAUGAAAUUCGGACUUGCGUCGAUGGAGGAAUUUGGACCGGAAACGACCCUACUUGCAGUCCGAUUGAUUGCGGAAUACUUGAGGACAUUUUCAAUGGUUUUGUGGAGUUUGAUUCCACACUGUUCGGAUCAAUUGCCUCCUACACUUGCAGAGACGGAUUUGUAUUGAUGGGAAAGGGCAUCAGACAAUGUAUAGAGAGUGGCCAGUGGAGUGGCGAUGAACCUGUUUGCCAAGAGGUGAACUGUGGCCAGUUAGGGAGACCAGAGAACGGACAGAUUCUCAUUUCGGGGACAUCGUUUGGUUUCACGGCGACGUACAACUGCAACGACGGAUACAUCAUCGCCAGAGGAUCGCAG